AUGUUGCGUCUAUCAAUUACUUAUUCCAUUUUCACAUUAAUUAACGUUAUAAAUGCCAAGGUCCUCUCCGGCAUAUUCACCAGAUUUGUUUCAUUAACACAAUCAUCUUAUAAUUCGUACAGUUUCGACGGUCCAAUGCUGACAACUUGGAUUGCAGCUCUAGGGUGGGAAAUCAAUGGAACAAAAGCAAAACCAGGUGAUACAUUUACUUUAGAGAUGCCCUGUGUUUAUAAAAUUUUUAUAAAUGAAGAAUCUAUUGACUUAAUUGGAAAUGAUAUUAGUUUAGCAACUUGUGAAGUCCACUCUGGUGAACAUAUAUCCACAAAUUCGUAUUUGAAUUGUGUUAUGAAUGAUUCUUUAGACGAAAGAACCAAUAUUGAUGGAAUUUUGAGACUCCCUAUUAUGUUCAAUGUUGGAGGUUCCGGUCAAGAUACUGACUUAGAUGCGGCAUCAUCGUGUUUCAAUACUGAUUCCAACAUAAUUGCUUUCAACAAUGGCGACACAAGUAUUUCCAUUCAACGAAGCUUUUCAGUAAGAGCAAUUUUUGAUACUGUACCAAUAAACUUUGUUCGGGUAGGAAAAACUAUUAGUGAAUUAGAGGUACUCAUUGUUGCUCCAAAUUGUCCACAAGGUUACACAAAUGGUAGACUAGCAAUUGCUGCUUCAGACCGUGACGUUAUCAUAAAAUGCUCUACUAUAACAUCGGGAUUUGCCAGUAAACUUAACAAGUGGAACCUUCCAGAAAAUUUAGUACAACUUUACCACGGCAGUCUUUGUACUUCACGUCAAUUUUCUAUUAGUUAUACUAAUAUUCCAGAAGGGUAUCGUCCAUUUCUACUGGUAACUUUAAGCAAUGCUGUUAGUUCUUCAUUUAACCUUCGUUACACGAUUCAGAAUACAUGUGAAAAAGACACGUUUAAUGAUCAAUCAAGAUCAGUUUCCUGGAGAAAGUUAAACUAUGGAUCUAUCGAUUCAUAUGGUGGUAUCAUGAUUCCCGUCACAAGAACUAGAACAGGCACCGCCUCAACUAGAUUGGUCACUACACGACCUUUUGAUCCUUCGACGCACAGAACAAAAACAAUCGAAAUUAUUGUGCCGAUUCCAACCAGAACACGAACUUCUUCAUACCUUGGAAUCACGACGUCCAUAUCUACAAUCAAUGCUUAUAUUGGUGCCACCGCUACAGUAAUUGUUAACAACCCUUAUCAUGUUACCACGACGUUGACUACAUAUUGGACAGGUUCAACAACUUCUACAACAACAUCUAUUGCUCAAACUGAUUCCAUUGAUGAGGUUUAUGUACUAGUCCCAGUUCCAAAUCCUACAAUCACUAGAACGGAAUUUUGGACAGGAAGUUACUUUAGAACAACCACUGUCACUAAUAGACCGCGUCAAACAGAUAUUGUUCAAGUUGAAGUACCUCAAAAUCCUACAACAACAAUCACUACGCUUGGAAAUGUCCAAUCACGUCUGACCAGUAUACAAACAAAUGGUCCUCUGAAUACUGAUACUGUGGUUGUGAUUGUUCCUCCAAAUCCAACUGUUACCACUUCAUCAUUCUGGAGUGAGGAUUAUGCAAGUGUGGUUACAUACACUAACGAUGUUCUUGGGACAGAUUUUGUGGUAGCUUAUUUUCCUGUGAAUCCUACUUCCUUGUUGAACCAGUUCUGGACAGAAGAUUACAUUAGUACGGAAACACAAACUAAUGAUCCUGAGGGUACUGACUACCUUGUUGUUUACUACCCACCUAAUCCAACUACCACCACAAGUGAAUUCUGGACUGGAGACUAUGUCAACACGGUGACUCUACAGAAUGAGCCACAAGAAACCGACACAGUGAUUGUUCAGUAUCCUGCUAAUCCAACUGAGACCACUACUGAGUUUUGGAGUGAAGAUUACAGAACCACAUUGACUCAGAUGAAUGAUCCUUCUGGUACGGAUAAUGUCAUUGUCUAUGCUCCUGCCAAUCCAGCUGUUACUACCGCUGAAUUCUGGCCAAAUAGUGUCACCUCAUCAGUCACGGAAACCAAUGGUCCUGAUAAUACCGACACGAUUGUUGUUUAUGUUCCCCACAAUCCAACUACUACCAGAACUGAAUUUUGGACUGGGGACUAUGCUACGAGGGUAACACAUACUUAUGGGCCAGACACUACUGACGAGGUUGUUGCCUACUAUCCAUUUAACCAGGUGAUCACUAGAACCGAGUUCUGGACUGAGGAUUUUACUAGCACGAUCACUGAUGACAAUGGGGCUGAGGAAACCGAUAAUGUCGAUAUCUACGUUCCACCAGAUCCAACAUCUAUUUCUUCUACAAUCUGGCUUGUAUCUGAUACUAUAAUUAGUAUUGAAACAGAUGAUUCUGAUAAUAGUAGCAUGGUAUCUAUAGAAUCUUCAACUGAAGUACAGUCUAUCACUGAAGUACUUCAUAUCAUUGAAUUUGGUAAUGUAAAUUAUAAUGCUAUCCCCGGUCAAAAUAAUUUCUCAACAACAUAUUUUGAAACCUGGUCGAAAUCAACGGAUUUUCCCUCAUCUACAACAAGAACAACAAUGCAUUCUGGACAUGUCACCACCAGUCAACAGAGUGACUUUGGUAAUAGCAAGGCUAUUUAUUCUAGUUCUGAUCAACAUCCAUUUAGCUCUAAUGAAAUGUCUGUGUCUACAUCAUCAGUGGAAGAUGUGCUGUUUUCUGAUGUUUUCAAUGCAUCAGUCACGAGUGAAACUCACAUUGUCCAAACCUCAGAAUUGCCAUUGAUGGAUAUUGGUUCAAGUACUAGCAUUAAGUACUUUUAUUCCAUGUAUUCUGUUGAAAAUUCACAUCCACAAUCACAUCUUGAAGAAUCAUUGCUUCCAUAUGAGAGUAUAUCCGACCAGAGAUGGACUCGUAUGCCCACGCCGUCUACACUGGAAUUACAUCCUCAAGUAUCGUCUACUGAACUUCCUAGUCAACUCAUUCUGGAUAUUUCUUAUGUUUCUUACAAUCUUCAGAAUUUUGUCGGGUCUAAUAUCCUGUUGUCUUCAGCCGAUAACUAUUUUCUGGUUUCACUACCUACUACACAUACUAAGGGAAGUGCAUCUAGCUAUUUUACAGAAGCUGAAACUUUUAUUGCGAUGCAAAUGUCUUCUUUGAUAGCUGAACCGUCACUGUUAUCUGUGUUAGAUUCUGGUAUAUCUUCAACCAACCCUGUUAGUGCCAGUAUAGCUUUAUUUGAAACAUCCAGUAGUGUGGUGCCGCUGAUUUUGUUGUCGAGUAUUUCUGAUUACUCCUAUGAAUCAUUGAGUACCUCAACAAAUGAAUUUAUUAUCCUUGAGGGAAAUUUUUUGUUUAUGGAAUAUCUGAAUAGUUGGAAGGUGACUAAGGAGUCAACAGUUGAAAAUUUAGGUACCAUUCCAGUUAGAAGUGGAAGUGAAUCUAUUUCUUCUUCCAUUUUAUAUCAAAAUGUUUUAUUCGUUACAGAUAGGCCACAUAUUGGAACGAGCUUUGGAUAUGAAACUAACGUUCGAGAAUCAUCAAGUCUGUAUGUACCAACCAUUGUUGAAUCUGAUUCGUUCGAUAUGAAACCUACGCUGCUAAUGACUGUGUCUGAAAAUGUGGCCAUUCAUCAAGUUGGUUUGUUUGUCGAUUGUCCUAGUAGUCUUGAUGAAAUCAAUACUAAUUCUGUUUGCACCCACGAUUUCCCAAGCAGUAUACUUGAAAGUAUGGAUUCUAAUAACAUCAAGUAUACUUCAGUGAAUGGAGAGUUAAUGACAUCAACUAUUUUUGCUACAAGCUCACUUUUGGGACAGUCUACAACAGUGCAUGAACUGGUUGUUACCUCACUAGAACCGGUUCCGACCUUCAUGAUUGAACAUUAUUUAACCUCAUUAGAUGCUGAAUUUGUGUCCUUAUCAAGUGAAACAGAUCAUUUUGAGAAUAAUUCAGAACAAUUUUUAACAUCAAGUGAAUCUAUGUUGUCUUCUUUUGAUGUAAGCGAUGGUUUUACUUUUUUGGAAACUUCGUUGGAAAGGCAAUUAACUUAUUCACAUAAAGAUAUACAGAUUCCUGAUGCAGGUGUUUCUUCAAUUGAUGAAGAAUUUUCAUAUUCUGAAAGUUUUCCUAUAUCAUAUAAUUAUCAUUUGACCUUAAAUUCCAAUUCUGUCUCAGCACUGAAUAUAUUUAGUGAGGUUGUUGAAUCGGUAACUAGUUUGGAUAGUGAUGAAGAAAUCAUACCAGGUUUUACUUCUGUUAUUACAUCGAGUUCCAAAGAUGAUCCUACUACCAACAUUCCAGCAAUCAGCCUGAUCGAUACAAAUGAUAUGAAUGUGAAUUCUAACUUGUUCUACCACCACAGUUCAAUGGCAAUUACAGAAGAAUUUGAAAGUACCAGUUUGCAAUCUUCAGCUACUGAUCUUUUGGUUGAUACCAUCGAGGUAGUCGAUUCAAAUUCUAAUAUUUAUCACCCUGUUUAUUCAUUGGCUGUAAAUGUAAGACCUGUUUAUUGGAAUGAGUCCACUACUAUACUGAAGUCAAUCAUUUCAACAACUCAAUUUGAAAAAGCAGUUUCUAGUCAAAGUCCAGAGUUUUCAAUCAGUCCCCUUAUGGAAUCUUUGUCUAUUGAUAACUCACCAAAUCAGGUCUCAAUAUCAACAUUACUGAGUUCUUAUUCCGUAUUUUCUACUGUUGUUCAUUUUACUGAUGAUAUUGACAGUUUGUUGUCCACCGGUACAAAUGAAAUUAUUGAUGUUGGAGAUUAUGAUGGAAAAACUUCAUCCUCGAUAAAUAGCAAAGUCACAAUAGGUUCGUUUGCAUCAGAUGCAUUAUUGUCUUCUAUUGUUGUUGAAAAUGGUUAUACUCAGGGGGCUUCCAGUUCACUAAAUGACAUCUCCAUUGCUGAUCUGCAGAGUAUUGAAAAGGAAACUGCAACCAUUCAAGAUCGACUAUAUUCAGUUACUAUGAUUGAAUCAGUUGACAUAUCUACCAAGAGUGUUGAUAGAAAAAGUGAGAUCUCAAAAAAUGAAGCUAGUCAUGAACUGUGGGAUCUGUUAUCAGAAGAUAAUGAUGGCACAAAAAUAGAAAACUAUCCAUCUGAUGACAAGAAUCUUAUCACUUUGAGUGAAAGUUUAAUUUCAAGUGGUGAUAUUUCAUCAAUUCUGUCAACUAUAAUGUCAGAUAAAAAUAAUCUCGCAAUGGUCACUUCAAUUGUCCUGGAUAUUCCUGGAAUCAUCGAUUUUUCUAAAGAUGAUCAUAAAAAUAUCACAAAAAGCAUUCUGAGUUUGGAUUCAAUAUUCCAAUACACUACUUUAACUCAGCAAUUUGUUUCAGCAUUUACACCAAAUAUUUCAUUUAUUGCAAAAGGUGGUUCUUCAACACUAUUCUAUUUACCAAAUUGGCUCUUCAUAAAUUUGUUUUUACUAGUUAUAUUGUUAUAG